GAGCGAUUGUCAUGACCACGCACAGCCGCGUCCUGCCGGGCGACCAUGAAGGCGAUCACCGAAGCGCGCCUGCGAGCCUCGUCGUGCAAGGACGACCAGCAGCGUCGGCUUCUGCCGACGAACGCACAGUCGUCGCGCUCGAGCAUGAGGCCACAGGGCUCCGCGACGAGAUCGCACAGCCGCAAGGCCAGAUGCGGCGGUCGGCAACCACGAUCGAUGAGCUUCGGGGCGUUCGCAACAAGAUCGAGGUCGACAUGGGCGCGCUGGCCAACGAGAAUGCGAUGCUCAAGAGACAGCUGCACGACGCGCGUGGCAAGGCUGCCGCGUACGCCGACAUGCAGGCGCGUCUCGAGACCGCGCACGGCGUCACGGUUCAGCAGCUCGACGCGACGGUAGCGCGACACGUCACGACGAUCCAAGAGCUUCGUCAACGCAUUGCCGGCGACAACACGGCAGCCGAGCGCCUCAGCACGGCAAACACUCGGAUCGAUGCGCUCUCAGACCAGCUCGAGACAGGCCGCGCGUGCCUGACGUACCGCACGAACCAAGCACGGUCGCUCGCACGUCACCUCGAUCACGAGCAGUCAUCGAGAGGCGCCGAGAGCGACGCGCUUCGUCCUAUGGACCUCCGACGUCUCGUGCUCCGGCCACUUGCGACGUCCGUGGGCCUUGCAAACCUUGGACACACGAGCUACGCCAACGCCGUCCUCUUCGCGCUCGCACACACUCGCUUCUGCGACGAACUCUCGGCUGCGUCAGGCGAUGCAUUUACGACAUCGGUCGCCGAGCUCCUCGUGGCGAUCCGCAACGGCGACGCGUCAUUCUUCCACGCCACGCACCCGGCGCUCGCGAACCAUCUCGGUCGGUCCGCCGAAGACGCCACGAACUUUGGCGCUCAGCUGGCGCCUGUAUGCGUGCGCUGCGGACAUGAACCGGUGACGUCUCUCUCGGUCAGCGUCGACCUCGAGCCGUCGCUCGCUGCGGCGCUCAACGACGAUCGCACGCAAAAACGUCGCGCCAUGGUCAACAACCUCCACCUGACGCUCCACGAGGCGACGUACACGCUUGUGGCGCUCGUCGCGCACGAGGAAGCGGACGACGACGGGCACUACGUCGCCUAUGUUCGCCUUCGGCGCGGCGGGGCCUUUACCAAGAUGAAGGACAACGAGACGCCCGUGCGCGUGCCGCCGUUUAAUGUGCAAGUGCUGGAAGCCCAUUUGCUCUGGUACGAAAAGACUGAGCACUAUGCCGAGAUGCGGCGCGAUGACAGCAGCAACAGCAACGACAACAACGACGAUCAAGCGACCCGAGGCAAACGACCUGCUUCGAUCACGCCAGCAGCCAGAAAGACCCAGCGUACGGCGUAG